AGCUAACCCAAAUAGAGUGCCGGGUACGCUUUAAGGCUUAUUACAAAAACGUCGACGUAUAGAGAAAUCGGCUUCUGUCCUUUUCACUUCAUUUCAUUUUAAACGGCUUUCACAGUUCCCUCCCUCCUCUCACUCUCACUCUCCGUUGACAAUGGCGAACAAGCUCAAAGUAGAAGAACUACGUACUGAACUGGCCAAACGUGGUCUCAGCACCACCGGAAUUAAGCCCACCCUGGUUCGAAAACUUGAAGCGGCCAUUCGCCAAGAGAGCAAGCUGCCAUUACAAGACGGAAAUGGUGAUUCAAUUGGAAAUAAGAGGGAGAGGGACUCGGAAGAGGAAGGAAACUCAAAUGAACCUGAGAAAAUUACGGCCAUUGAGGAGUUUAGGGGAAUGAGUGUUAAGCAAUUACGUGAACAAGCCGCUCUUCGUGGCAUUUCCUCAACUGGGUCGAAGAAAGAGUUGCUUACCAGGCUUUGUGAUGAUUCAGAGAAGGGCUCCAGUGGCGUUCCACAAGCUGAGAAAGAAGGGGACAACAGCAAGAAGGAGAAGAUUAUGACUGCUACCAAGAAGGGUGCUGCUGUAUUGGAUCAAUGGCUACCUGAUAAUAUUAAAACACAGUAUCAUGUGUUGCAAGUAGGAGAUGACAUUUAUGAUGCCAUGUUGAACCAGACAAAUGUUGGAGAUAAUAAUAACAAGUUCUAUGUGAUCCAGGCUCUUGAAUCUGAUGAUGGUGGUAGAUUCAUGGUUUAUUUUAGAUGGGGAAGAGUAGGUGUAAAAGGUCAAGAGAAGUUACAAGGCCCUUACACAUCACAAGAAAGUGCCAUUCAGGAAUUUGAACAAAAGUUUCACGCGAAGACCAAGAAUCAUUGGUCAGAUCGGAAAGAUUUCUUUUCUUACCCAAAGAGCUAUACUUGGUUAGAAAUGGAUUACAGUGAAAAUGAAAAGGAAUCAAGUGUGAAAGAACAGUCUGUCUCUGCUAUCCAAGCACACCCCCGGAAUACCAAACUUGAGGCACGUGUUGCCAAAUUUAUAUCUCUGAUUUGCAAUGUCAGCAUGAUGAGACAGCAAAUGAUGGAAAUAGGAUACAAUGCUGAUAAAUUGCCUCUUGGUAAACUAAGCAAAUCAACAAUUUUGAAGGGCUAUGAAGUUCUGAAAAGAAUUGCUGAAGUGAUUGGACAGUCAAAUAGGAGACUGCUGGAGCAGUUAAGCGGAGAAUUUUACACCAUCAUUCCUCAUGAUUUUGGAUUUAAAAAAAUGCGUGAUUUUGUAAUUGACACCCCUCAGAAGUUGAAAAACAAGAUAGAAAUGGUUGAAGCACUAAGUGAAAUUGAGGUGGCAACAAAAUUGUUGAAGGAUGACAUCGGUUGUCAGGAAGAUCCACUGUACUCUCAGUACCAAAGCCUUCGUUGUGAACUGACUCCGCUUGAUUGUGAUUGUGAUGAAUUCAAUAUGAUUGCAAAGUAUAUGCAGAACACUCAUGCAAAAACACAUUCAAAUUAUACGGUAGAUAUUGUCCACUUGUUCAGGGUAUCAAGAGAUGACGAAGUUGACCGUUUCAGUAAGUUUGCAAGUACCAAAAAUAGAAUGUUAUUAUGGCAUGGUUCCAGGCUCACAAAUUGGACUGGAAUUUUAUCCCAAGGUUUGCGCAUUGCUCCACCUGAAGCACCUGUAACUGGUUACAUGUUCGGAAAGGGGGUUUACUUUGCUGACAUGUUCUCAAAAAGUGCGAAUUAUUGCUACGCUUCCCACAGUACAUCAUCUGGUGUGCUGCUUUUGUGUGAGGUUGCACUUGGUGACAUGGCCGAGCUUAGAACUGCUAAAUAUGAUGCUGAUAAGCUGCCAGAGGGAAAGCUAAGCACAAAAGGCGUUGGGCGAACUGCUCCAGAUCUCUCAAAAGCUCUGUGUCUAGACAAUGGUGUUUUAGUUCCUGAAGGAAAGCCAAAAGACAAUCCACACCAUGAGGGUGCUUUAUUAUAUAACGAGUACAUAGUUUACAAUGUGGAGCAGAUUAGAAUGCGGUAUGUUGUUCAUGUGAACUUUAAUUUUAAGAAAUGAAACUUUGUCCAUCAGUUAGUGGACCUCUGCAUUUUAUGUACUGUUAUCUUGUAAAUGGCAUGGUAGUUCUAAUGCUUAGCUUUUUGUCUUCAUUUUGGGUCAAAAUGAGUAUAUGGGACUUUUUAAUGCAAGUUAAAUUUUCCUAA